CUGGUUAAUGUCCGCAUGUAGUGAGACAUAAAUUCAUCGUAAGUUUUGUAAUCGAAGUCAUCUGGUCGUUCAAAACCAUAUUCAUCAAUUUUGCUAAAAAUUGCACAAUCAUUAUUUAUUUAUUUAUUAAAUAGCACUGCAGCAGAGUGGAUCAGCAAACGCAAAGUAAUCGAUUGCAGGUAAGUUACACGUAGUGCAGGAUUUGCUUAAGAAAGUCCCUAAGCCCUUGCACCUGACUAUCCUUCGCUGGUAACUCACCUGUAAUUAGACUUUGCCAUUUUCGUUCAGAAUUCGUAGGGGAUUUAAUUGAUCUGAUAACGGACUCAAUUUUACAUACUGUGACACACUAUCAAGAUGCAAUUACUCACAGAAACUUUCACUUCUCACGUUAGACGUUAUAUGCAUUUCUAGCUUAAAGCACACUGGUUUUAGGUAUGGGCCGCCCCUUUUACAUUAAUACUAAUUAACAACAAAUAACAAAAACUUCAAAUAACUAAAGGAGACGUCAGAAGAUAAAGUAGAGGUUACGUAUUUUCCACAGAACAUCCCCCCUAUGGGUUAUAUAUAGGGGUAUUCGAUGGUAUUUUUCUCGUCAGCAAUUUUUCAUGGAUUGAUGUGGGCAGAACACUUUUUUUGGAUUUUUAUAUUGACACCAUGGGUGUUUUACGCAUAUUUGGGCAUAAUUUUGACAAAACCACGUAUAUUUUUAAAAUGGGACCUUACUCACAGAAUAUAUAGUAUUACUUUUGAGUUAAACUUGACUACAUUUUUUUAUUCCCAAAUUAGCUCUAUCUUUCUCCAAUCUCUUUCCAAUUGUUCUGACAAUAUCCUAUCAGUUUAGUUGGGUUAGGAACAAAUCUGCCAACUUUAUACAAACCUUACUUUUCGAUUAUUUACAUUCAUUUAAUUUCAUUAAUAAUAAAUAUAGUCCAACCGAUUACCCGAACUGAAAUUAAUGAAGAUCGAAAAGAAGGUAGACUUACUAUAUAAAUGGAUGAAAUUAAGCUGUUGCUGGGCGUAGAUUGCUACAAUGAACUUUUAAACGGCGGUUUCUCUACUUUGCAACACAUUAUACUAGCAGACCAUAAAAUACUGCAGGGCCUAACGGGCGCUUCGAGUGACACUGUACAAAAAUGUAUGUACAUUGCUUCCGAAAAACUUCUUCAAAAUAAAUUUUGUACUGCCAAGCAGAUCGAACCAUGUCAUAGAAUAAGUAUUGGCUGCACAAAUCUAGACGGCCUUCUAAAUGGAGGAAUUCCAGUAAAUGGGAUAAAUGAAUUAUAUGGUUGCAGUGGUGUAGGAAAAACUCAGCUAUGUCUACAACUGGCAUUGCAAAUACAGUUGCCUGUACAUUUAGGAGGCAAAGGCCAAGAAGUGGUUUACAUAUGUACUGAGGAUGUGUUUCCAUCAAAACGUCUUAUCCAGUUAGCCUGCGCUUUUAGAUCUAAAUAUAACGUGGACAUCUGUUUUGAAGAUCGCAUCUAUAUCGAACACAUUCCGAAUUUUGUGCGGUUACAAAAGUGUUUAAACCUUUUACCACAGUUUUUAUUGGGCAAAAAGGUCGGACUAAUCAUUAUUGAUUCAAUAGCUGGUUUAUUUAGAAGUGACACUGAGAAUCCUAAUUACGUAGCUAGAAGUCAAGAGUUUACAGUCCUAGGAAAAGUUCUCAUUGAACUUCAAGAGAAGUGCAAAUUUGGAAUAUUAACUAUUAAUCAGGUUGUAGACAACUUAUCGUCUGGACUCACCGAGCCUUCUCUAGGACUUUCGUGGGCUAACAACGUUACCUCCAGAUUUGGCUUGAGCAGGAAUAACACUGAUCCAAUAAGACGGUUUGAUGUCAUAUUUUCGCCUGAUUUAGCGCCGAGUUUCAGCAAUCUGCUUAUUACUCCAGAGGGUAUAUUGGACGCAUAAAUAAAUCACUCGGUUACUCUA